GACAAAUAAAAAAAAAUGUUGGAAUUAGUAUUACAUGUCAGGAAGGAACCCAUUAGAGGAGAUGGUUAACCUUUCUUAGCUGUGAUAUGGCGCCUUUUCAGCACUUAAGAAGUUUUUCACCAUGACUACGUAUUUACUUUUGCUCACUUUAUUAACUUCUUAGGAAAAACGUCCCCUGAUGUCUUUUGCUUCCCAGAAUUUACCUUUUCUCGUGGCACUAGUUAUGCAAGCAUCGAUUCCUGCAGUGAUCAUCUGAUUUGAAUGAAAGCCAACACACACUUGGCUGAUCACGCAGGAGACUCGUGAGUGUAGGACACCAGGAGACGACAUGAAGACACACUCGGGCUGACCUGCAUGAUGAGGGACGUGCUGGUGGCGACAUUGGGCUCCUUGGACUGCAGCUGACGGUGGGAAUAGUUGAGGCCGUCCCAGGACGCGCUCACCAUGUUGACCACGUUAGCAUGGACCGCCGUGAAGCAGCCAAUGGACGCACAUCUUGACCCAGGAGGAUUCAGACGAAGCAGUGGGGGAAAUCAUGGAGGAAGUGUUGAGCAAGGUCACGGAAGGUUGUUUCAAAGCCUACAUUAAGAGACAGAUAACACCGUUCUCCGUGUCGUGGGCCAAGAGCUACCUCACACAGAUUGUAGAGCAGCACAUCUUGUGCCCAGAUGAAGGGGGAGUACCAGAGAAAACAUCUAAAACUGAAGACUCGGAGCCUCUGCCGCCACCUUCGGAUCCCUGGGUUAAAGGAUCUGUGCCUCUUGUAAUGACAAGCCCGCGACAUCACGCGGCCUCACAACAGGAUGAUGACAUUGCACAGGUCCCAGUACAAGCAGAGCCAAGAGUCAACCGGAAACAUGAUAUUAUGCCUCUGACAAAAAGAUCUCCAAAGAAACCUGAAAAGAAAACGACUCCCACGACCCCUCCCAGCUACAACUACCAAAAAGUGCGUAGUCCUUUUCCUCCACCCAAUACCCAAGCCACUUCCAAGCAAAUUAUUUCCAUCCCUACCUUGUUCAGCAGAGAAAAGGGAUGUGGAUGUAGAUUUUUCUAAGCACACAGCUGGAUCCUUUCAUCAGCUUAAGAGCAGCCAACCAAUUCAAAAGCUGGAUUACUCUUUGCUCCCUCGACACAUCUUUCCUCAGUAUGAGAUUGUGGAAGAAAAAUGGACAAAACCUGACUCCAGGAGACCAAGGGGACGUUCCACACUUAAACCAGGAUAUGACAAGCAAACGGAGUGGAUAGUAACCUCACUGAAGCAACUAACCAGCUCCACAAAUCAGCUAACAAAGUUUCAGAAGGCAAAUGAGGCUGAUAUCUGGCAGAAUAAAUUCCCCCCCACUGGACAUGGAAGGGACAGUAUGGUGUCCUCUGGGUCUCUCAGGCUGGACACAAUGGUGUUGGCCAAAGGUGUUUCUCUCUCAGACUCUCGAGCAGUUGAAAUGAACCCUCUCAACUCUUCUGCAGAGCCAACCAAGCUGAGGCCGUUACGAAGUGAUGUUACCAUGCCACUGUUUUCUGUUGAUCAGGUUACCUCAGGUCCACCACCUCAAGUCACACCAUUGUGUCAGAGAUAAGAAAAGGUAUCAUAAAAUGUGUUUAUACCACUAUUGAGGUUGUAUUUAGAGCAAGAUGAGCCAAAUUUCAUUGAACAAUAUCCUUCUAAAGUCCUAUAGUGUGCUCUGUCGGCUGAAGGAAUUAAAAGGAUUUGCAUUACAAUAUUGUUACGCUGUGCACAUAUUAAGAAGGUACCUAAAAGACUGAAUACGUUGUAUGUGUUUUCAUUGCUUCGAUAUUAUAUCAAUAUAUACUUACAGAAUAUAUAAACAAGAAAGGCUAGAUACGCCUCCCACAACCUGUUGCAGUUUGAUAGAAGGUCCUAAUAUAAAAACUAAAAGCAAGGAUAUUUCAGUAUGUAACAUUAAGGCUAAAUUCUUUGUGUUAUUCACAUGCAAACCUGAACACGCCUAUUUUGAGAGGGGAACAUAAUUCAUCAUAAUUCAUAAUUCAUGUUUGA